AUGUUGGAAGACCAGGUUGCGUCCCUCCUGCAGAGGUACCUGGGGAACUAUGUCAGAGGACUCAACAAGGAGGCCCUCAAGAUCAGCGUCUGGAAAGGUUUGCGGAUCCUGCUCUCCUUUUUCCGCAGCUCCUUCAGAUCCUCCGCAUUUCUUCUGUUUAGCGUAGAGAACAGCCUAGUAAUUCAUAUUUUAGACGCCUUCUCGUAGUCGAGAUAUGCAAAGAUUCACGGUAUCUAGUGUCGCGUUACUGAAGAUAUAUCACAGUCGGAAGCGUGGCUAAUUCCUAUGGUUGUGAAAUUCUCGUUGUGGACAUGAUGAGGAAUCGAUAGCAUGGUGUACUAGGACCAAUUCUGUAACUGAUCAAACGCCUCUUAAUCAUGUUCGGGAGAAAAUUAUCUAAGUUGGAUUGGUUUCAGCACCAGACUAGCCUUACAACUUCCUCUGUGUUUUUCAAGACUCAAACCAUGCCAGUUAAGAACAUUUAUGGGGCGAGAGGCGUCUGAAUAUUUCCAUAUGUUCUAGAGUGUCAGCUGUGCUAUGACAUGUUUGAUCGUGAAGGUCGUAAUUCCUCAAUUUUUAGAGGAUGGCUAUCUCAGCAUGGGUCACAGCGCCUUAGCACAGACUAUGCAGACGUCAUAUGGAGAGUUUUGCUCGCACAAUGUAUAGAGCCAUUCUAUUCCUUCUUCAAACAGUAUUUACUAAAUAAAUGGCACUGUUUGUUUAGAAAAAAAAACCAAAAAAAAAAAUGGAGCAUGAUCUGAAAAAGUACGAUGCUAGAUUGAAGGGUACCAAGGAGGUUUCAGGAGAACCUCAAUGUUCAAGCGGUGAAGUUCUCCAUUACAAUUGUUGAUCUUCUUGAUGAAGCUUGAAUCCUCUAUAAUAUACUAAUCUGGUGACAGGCGGCCACUAGGAUCAUGCUUCCUCCAUCAAACUCUCUCAUGCUUCCUCCGACCUUGGUUGUAGGUUUGUGGCGGGUGGGGAUUUAAUAUUGUGGAAAAUGCUGUCACCUGGAAAAAAACAGCAAGGUUUUAGUGUUUGAUAUGAGAUUUUGAGUGAAUAAGGGUACAAGUCUGGGACACAUUUUUUGGAGAAAUUAGCCAUAUGUGAAAGAAAAUGCAUGAAAGUGAUCAUCCUUCUGGAAAAAUGUGCUGCCAUUAUUGACCAGAUGCAAAUAACCAAUGAUCUGAACUUGAUGAACAUAUAACUGCCCAAUUUAUUUUAUUUCCUUUGUUUCGUGUGAGGCUUAAUUGAUUGACUAAAUUUUUGAAAAUGUUGGUUCAGGUGAUGUAGAGCUGACAAACAUGCAAUUGAAACCAGAGGCUCUUAAUGCGUUGAAGUUACCUGUGAAAGUUAAGGCAGGAUUUCUUGGGUCCGUCAGAAUUGAGGUGCAUUUUAAUCAUCUGUCAUGUAGGGGUGGUCUAUCACUCAUCUAUUUCCUAUUUAUUAUUCUCAAAGGCCCCUUAUUGAGUGCGUACAGCUGGGAUAGAUGUUUAAUUUUGUAUUAAUGUUCUCUCAGUUGACAUAAUUCUUAAUUUCUUCCUUUUCAGGUUCCAUGGAGUAGGCUUGGUCAAGAACCUGUCCUAGUUUAUCUGGAUCGAAUUUUAAUAUUAGCUGAGCCUGCAACACAAGUGGAAGGAAGUGACGAAGAUGCCAUUCAAGAAGCAAAGAGGACGCGAGUACGGGUACGUGAAAAUUUUAAAUUUAUCUCCAUCUAUGCAAAAUGAACUAUUGAGGUGGUUGAUUUUUUAAUCCAUAGGAAAUGGAAAUGAGACUAUUGGAGAGCCAUCAGAAGGCGAAAUCGGAAAUGGUAGGCUUUCUGAUCAUUUGA